UAGGUCAAGGGGAGGAGGAAACCACGUGUGAUCAUCAGCACCAUGUACAGCACUGUCCUUCCUCAGUAGACUUGUUUUUGUAAGCUUGUACCCUUCGCAUGUAGCCACCUAGCCUGCUGAUAGCCGGAGAGAAGCAUAUUUUUGUAUUUUCACCUCAGACUCACGUAUUUAAGCUAAGCUGCUGGGGGGUUUCUGUUGCCACACUGACUGCCCACCAUGGUGAGCAAGACAGAUGACAUCCCGGCGUCAGUGCCUAACUGUAAUCCGGUUGAUCUUGCGGAUGAAGCCGGGGAUGGAGCCCAGGAGGACGGCAAAGAAACCAGCAAGACACAUCUGAAGGAUCCCUGCGGCUGUGGGCACACUGCAGAUACAGCCAUAAUGAAUGGUGAUGGGGCUCAUGAUCAUGCAGAGGAGGCAGAAUCAAAGCAGGAUGCAAACAGCGAUGCGGACGGAGGAGAUGAUUCCAACGAACAGGAAGUGAUAGUGAUCCAGGACACGGGCUUCACUGUUAAGAUCCAGGCGCCUGGAACAGAGCCAUUUGACCUGCAGGUGUCUCCUCAGGAAAUGGUACAGGAGAUCCAUCAGGUGUUGAUGGACCGGGAGGACACCUGCCAUCGCACCUGCUUCUCCCUUCAGCUCGACGGAAACGUGCUGGACAACUUCGCUGAGCUCAAGUCCAUCGAGGGUCUGCAGGAGGGCUCGCUGCUCAAAGUGGUGGAAGAACCCUACACAGUGCGCGAGGCCCGCAUCCAUGUGCGCCACAUCAGAGACCUGCUGAAGAGUCUGGACCCGUCAGACUCCUACAACGGAGUGGACUGCAACUCCCUCUCCUUCCUCAGCGUCUUCACCGAUGGAGACCUCGGAGAUAGUGGUAAGCGAAAGAAAAAGGGCAACGAGCUGGAGCAGAUUGACUGCACCCCCCCAGAGCACAUCCUGCCCGGCAGCAAAGAUCGCCCCCUGCUGCCUCUCCAGCCCCAGAACAAAGACUUGAAGCCGAUGCAGUGCCUGAAGGUCCUGACCAUGAGCGGCUGGAACCCUCCCCCUGGAAACAGGAAGAUGCACGGUGACCUGAUGUACCUGUACAUGGUGACGGUGGAGGAGCGCCACAUCAGCAUCACUGCCUCGACACGCGGCUUCUACCUCAACCAAUCUACUACAUAUACCUUUAACCCUAAGCCAGCCAAUCACAGCUUCCUGAGCCAUUCUCUGGUGGAGCUGCUGAGCCAGAUCAGCCCUGCCUUCAAGAAGAACUUCACUGCCCUGCAAAAGAAAAGGGUCCAGAGGCAUCCGUUUGAGAGGAUAGCAACACCCUUCCAGGUGUACAGCUGGACAGCUCCGCAGGUAGACCACGCCAUGGACUGUGUUCGAGCUGAAGACGCCUACACCUCCCGCCUGGGUUACGAGGAGCACAUACCUGGACAGACCAGAGAUUGGAACGAGGAGCUGCAGACCACCAGAGAGCUGCCCAGGAAGAACCUGCCUGAACGCCUGCUGAGGGAGAGGGCCAUUUUCAAGGUCCACAGUGACUUUGCAGCAGCUGCCACACGAGGAGCCAUGGCAGUCAUUGAUGGCAACGUCAUGGCCAUCAACCCAGGGGAGGAAACGCGCAUGCAGAUGUUCAUCUGGAACAACAUCUUCUUCAGCCUGGGCUUCGAUGUACGGGACCACUACCUUGAGCUGGGUGGAGAUGCUGCCGCCCACGCUGCACCCACCAAUGACUUGAAUGGAGUCCGGGCGUACGGGGCGGUGGAUGUGGAGGGUCUGUACACUCUGGGGACGGUGGUGGUGGACUACAGAGGCUACCGUGUCACCGCUCAGUCCAUCAUCCCGGGUAUCCUGGAGCGAGAGCAGGAGCAGAGCGUCAUCUACGGCUCCAUCGACUUCGGAAAGACGGUCGUGUCUCACAGCAAAUACCUGGAGCUGCUGGAGAAAACCAGCCGGCCACUCAAGGUCCAGAGGCACAACGUGCUGAAUGAGAAGGACGAGGCAGUGGAGCUGUGCUCUUCGGUCGAAUGUAAGGGCAUUACCGGAAAUGAUGGCCGACAUUACAUCCUGGACCUUCUCCGUACCUUCCCUCCUGACCUCAACUUCCUGCCUGUGGAUGGAGAGGAGCUGUCUCCAGAGAGUCAGCGCCAAGGCUUCCCUCGCCCACACCGCCACCGCCUGGCUUGUCUACGCCAAGAGCUCAUUGAGGCCUUCGUUGAGCACAGAUAUCUUCUCUUCAUGAAGAUGGCCGCAUUACAGCUCAUGCAACAGAAAGCAAACAAGGACGCUAAAGCUAAUGUACCCGCCAUCACAGAAACGUCUGAAACACCCACAGAAAACAAAGCAGAGACGACCCAGACCCCAGCAUCAGAGUCUACCAGUGCAACAGAGGCCUCCACAGACAGCCCAAGCCAGACAGAGAACAAUACCUCUGCUGCUUCACAGGCAGCGACUGAAGGGGAAGACAAAUCCUCAAAGCCCACCGCAAACAGGCCUCAGAACGGGGAAUACAAGAGCCCACUGGAGGGUAAGGAGCUUGAGGAAAUUAUUCCUGGAUUGGCUCAGGCCAAAGAGCUGGCGCAGACCUUAGUUGCUGAAGAUGGAUCUUGUAUUGAUCCCAAAAGCCGCGAGGUCGUCCUGAAUGCCUGCAAGGCAGUCGGCUCAAUCAGCAACACAUCUUUUGACAUUCGCUUCAACCCCGACAUCUUCUCCCCAGGAGUACGUUUCCCAGAAGAUGCUGCAGAUGAUAUCCAGAAGCAGAAGCAGCUUCUCAAAGACGCUGCAGCCUUCCUGGUUUCCUGUCAGAUCCCAUCACUGGUUAAAGACUGUUUGGACCACAGCGCUCUGCCCAUGGAUGGAGCCACACUGACCGAGGCCUUGCACCAGAGAGGCAUCAACGUCCGCUAUCUGGGCAACGUCCUGGAGUUUGUGGACAAGACCCCGGCCAAAGCCCAGCUGGAGCACUUCUAUAGAAUAGGAAUCACUGAGAUGAUCACCAGAUGUGCAAAACACUUCUUCAAGACAUACCUCCAGGGUGUGGAGUUGUCUGCCCUCUCUGCCGCUGUAAGCCAUUUCCUAAACUGCUUCCUGAGCUCCUUCCCUGACGCUGUCGCCCACCUGCCUCCCGACGAGCUGGUCUCACGCCGCAAAAACCGCAAACGUCGCAACAGGGUCCCAGGCGGAGGAGACAACACGGCGUGGGCCAGCCUGACGCCCAGCGAGAUGUGGAAGAACAUCGCCUCCGAGGCCAGCAGCUACUAUCACUUCACCAUCGAGUGUGAAAGUGUGGACCUGGUCGUGGAGAAAUACGGCCUCCAGAAAAGCACUCUGCUCAGAGAGAUUUCCUUAAAAACUGGGAUCCAGAUUCUCCUAAAGGAGUAUAACUUUGACAGCCGCCACAAGCCUGCCCUCACAGAGGAGGACAUCCUGAAUAUUUUCCCUGUUGUGAAGCAUGUGAACCCCAAAGCCUCAGAUGCCUUCCACUUCUUCCAGAGCGGCCAGGCCAAAGUGCAGCAAGGUUUCCUGAAGGAGGGAUGUGAGCUGAUCAACGAGGCUCUGAAUCUUUUCAACAAUGUGUACGGAGCCAUGCAUGUGGAGAUCUGUGCCUGCCUGCGCCUGCUGGCACGCCUUAACUAUAUCAUGGGAGACCACGCUGAGGCUCUCAGUAACCAGCAGAAGGCUGUUCUGAUGAGUGAGAGAGUCCUGGGCAUCGAGCACCCCAACACCGUUCAAGAAUAUAUGCACUUGGCUCUGUACUGCUUUGCCAACGGCCAGCUGUCGACGGCCCUAAAGCUGCUGUACCGCGCCCGUUACCUCAUGUUGGUGGUCUCCGGGGAAGACCACCCCGAGAUGGCACUGCUAGACAGUAACAUUGGUCUGGUGCUGCACGGUGUAAUGGAGUAUGAUUUAUCGCUGAGAUUCCUGGAGAACGCCUUGACUAUCAACACAAAGUACCAUGGAGCCCGGUCCCUCAAAGUGGCCCUCAGCCAUCAUUUGGUUGCGAGGGUUUACGAGAGCAAAGCUGAGUUCCGCUCUGCGCUGCAGCACGAGAAGGAGGGUUACACCAUCUACAAGAACCAGAUGGGUGAGGCACAUGAGAAGACCAAGGAGAGCUCUGAGUACCUGAAGUAUCUCACCCAGCAGGCAGUAUCUCUGCAGAGAACCAUGAACGAGAUCUACAAGAACGGCUCCAACGCCAGCAUCACGCCACUCAAGUUCACUGCUCCCAGCAUGGCCAGUGUCUUGGAACAGCUCAACAUUAUCAACGGCAUCAUCUUCAUACCGCUCAGCCAAAAGGAUCUGGAGAACCUGAAGGCAGAGGUGCAGAGGCGGCAGCAGCUGCAGGAGCUGGGGAGGCUCGAAGAGGCCACUGAGGACAGAGCACUGGAACUGGAUGACAAAAUUCCCAUUGAUUAGUGUACAAAGCCCUCAACACAGCUACUUUCUGCUAUGGGGGGGCGGGGAGAGGCCGUGACCCAACAGCCAUGUCACUGAGCCUGUGGACCCAGAAACCGAGCGGUCUAAAUCAGCAUUGAAAUAAACGGGGAGGGAAGGGUCAGGUGAGACCAGAGAACAAACUGUAUGAACUGUAGGAAAGAGGAAUACAGAGCGGGGAUUUUCCUACGAGGUAGGAAGGGAAGGAGGAGAAAGUACAAAUCUAAAGUCAAUGUAACAUGCAAUCUGAAAAAUCCCCAGUCCAAGAACCUGGUGAUGUGAAGUCACGUUUAGGUGUUGGCUGCUUUAGAAAUAUGACCUCAUAUAUAAAAGAGUGGUUGCAGGCAGGGGUGGGUGACCAAGGAUGAUCAUGACAUUGUAAACAUGAGCCUUAUCCACUGCACCGUAUUCCCCCAGUAAUGCUUCUUCUCAGCUCAAAAUUCCCACAGCACUGUUAGCCCAGGACCAUAUCUUUUGCCCCGCCAUUCCCAAAAGAGCCUCAUAGACCCCGGUUAUGUAGCCACCCCCCACAACGGUGCUCUAAAUGAUAAAGCAUCUUCCCUGUCCUAAAACUCAGGGGUACUUUUGUGCACUAAGACCAGAAUACAGUCACUAAAUUUGAGAUUUUUCAAGUAGGGCUUCAGAAUGUAAAUUCCCUUCUUCAUGGCUUCUUUGAACCACUUUACAGCAGACACCCGUCAUGCCUGCACAUCACCGAUGGUUACCACAUUUCAUCUUUCUGUCAUUUAUACUUUCAACAUCCCAGGUGGGUGCCUGCUAUGUGCUCUGGUUCAUGUUCCUUCAAGCAAGCAAACCAAUACAGUGGGAAAGUAGUGAGCUUUAAUGGGUUUAAUUUCAUUUGCUGGAAUUCUUUUUUCUUCUCUUGUUUUAGUAUAUAAUGGGUUUUGUAAAAGUGCACAGGAGAAAUGCAAUGGUAUUUUACGCCUGUUAUCAUGAAUAAUUAAUUAAUUUAAACCAUGUCUGUUUUAUAGAAAAUGUAUAGAAGUGGAGAAAAAUAUGUAUAAAUCUCUAUCGGAUUUAGACAGGUACUUGAUUGUUUAUGGAAAACACAGAUUUGAAAACGUCCACCUUUAAGCAGUACAUUUAUCUAUCUAUAUACUAGCUGUGUUCAAUCUUCUAUUUUUACACAUUGAAAGAAUAUGUGCAUGUAUGUGUUUGUAUGUGUGACAGUGUGUGUGUCUUUGUGUAGUCCAACAUAACAUCUACCGGCCAGGGCUGCUGCUGCUUUUGCUGCUGCAUAGUUUGAAUAGAGGCUAAGCAAACAUUGGCUUUCCAAAUGUUUUAUUUUUCUACUCAUAGUAAACCUGUUGGAUGGCUGAUGCCUCUUUUCUUAAAACAUUCAUGGCCACUAAUGUUGUAAAUCUGUUUAUGUAUGAAUUGGUAGUGAAAUGAUUACUCAUCAUCACUAGACAGGUGUUCAGCAUUGGUAGUAAUGGCUGAUUUAUUGUUGCUGGGUGUUUUUGUUCUUUUUGUUUUCCAUUAUUGGGUCAUCUUCUCAUGUGUAUCUGAGAUAAAAACCAGCCAGGAGUGUCUGUUCAUUGAGCAGCAUUUAGAGCACUUUCUCUUGCAGUUUGGAUAUGUGAUCAUGUCCACCGCACAUCCAAAAGUGGGCAAAGAAGGGCUGCCUCAAUGUGCUGUACCAAAAAAAGACUGAUAAAGGUUUGUUUGCGCUUGUAUACAUGCAAUGUUUCCCUCCCAUGGCAAUUUGUUACUUAAUUGUUGCGGUGUCUAAAUGUAUGUGAUUAAAGCAAUAGAGAGUUGGUGCUGGAGCUGAUUGUUUUUCGAAAAUGCAGUUUGAACUUGGCACAAGACAUGCAAGAUGGACUCCUUUCUGUGCAGGCUGAAUUACCUGAAACUAAGAGUGGUAUUAAAAACAAGAGGUGAUCUCUA